GACACCCCCAAAUUCAGGUCUCUCGAGGUAUUCAGCAAGUCCUCCACCCCCGCUUUGCGGUGAGAUUGCUUGACUUUCCAGAGUUGGAGCUGAGGAAGCUCAGUCUCGCUGCCUGCCAGCCCGGAGGUGCCCCCCGACCCGGAGGUGCCCUGCGUUCCCAACGAGCACCCCCAGCACAGCGCCAUGGCCGUGCCCGAAGCAGCCGCCCUGGACGGGAUGCUGCAGACGCUGUACGACUACUUCUGGUGGGAGCGGCUGUGGCUGCCCGUCAACCUGACCUGGGCCGACCUGGAGGACCGCGACGGGCGCGUCUACGCCAAGGCCUCCGACCUCUACAUCACGCUGCCCCUCGCCCUGCUCUUCCUUACCGUCCGCUACUUCUUCGAGAUUUACGUGGCGACGCCGUUGGCCACGCUCCUGAACGUGAAGGAGAAAGCUCGGCUGCGGGCGACCCCCAACCCCACCCUGGAGGUCUUCUACGGCUCCACCCGGAAACGGCCCAAGCAGGCGGAGGUGGAACAGCUGUCGCGGCAGAGCGGCCUGUCGGCCCGCCAAGUGGAGCGCUGGUUCCGCCGCCGCCGCAACCAGGACCGGCCCAGCCAGCUGAAGAAGUUCCGCGAGGCCAGUUGGAGAUUCACGUUUUACCUUAUUGCUUUCUUUGCUGGCCUGGCUGUCAUCAUGGAUAAACCCUGGUUCUACGAUCUGAAGGAGGUUUGGAAGGGCUACCCCAUCCAGACCACCAUCCCCUCCCAGUACUGGUAUUACAUGAUCGAGCUGUCCUUUUACUGGUCGCUGCUCUUCAGCAUCGCCUCCGACGUCAAACGCAAGGACUUCAAGGAGCAGGUGAUCCACCACGUGGCCACCAUCAUCCUCAUAAGCUUCUCCUGGUUCGCCAACUACAUCCGCGCGGGCACCCUCAUCAUGGCGCUGCACGACUCCUCCGACUACCUGCUCGAGUCGGCCAAGAUGUUCAACUACGCGGGCUGGAAGUCCACCUGCAACAACAUCUUCAUCGUCUUCGCCGCUGUCUUCAUCGUCACCCGCCUCAUCAUCCUGCCCUUCUGGAUCAUGCACUGCACGGUGGUGUACCCCCUGGAGCUGUACCCCGCCUUCUUCGGCUACUACUUCUUCAACUCGAUGAUGUGCGUGCUGCAGGGGCUGCACAUCUUCUGGGCCUACCUCAUCCUGCGUAUGGCGCACAAGUUCAUAACUGGAAAGAUGGUGGAGGACGAACGCAGCGACCGCGAGGAGACGGAGAGCUCGGAGGGAGAGGAGCCGGCGUCCCCCGGAGGAGGAGGGAAGGGCCUCCCCGUGGCCAACGGUCACCCCGUCCUCAACAACAACCACCGCAAGCGGGACUGAGCCCUGGCGGGGGUGAGGGGGGGCCCCCCUCCCCCAGAUCCGGGCCUCACCCAAAGUGGGGGGAGGGAGAAGAACCCCCCUCCCCACCGUCCUUUUCUUCCUUCUCACCCAGUUGCCUUAAAUCCCAACCUGUGCCUGGGAUCGGACCACGAUCCAGUCCGAGCCGGGGUGUCGGGGAGGGAGGGGGCGGGCAUGGUGGGGCGUCCCCCCCAGUCCCAACAUUCCCAGGGGAGUGGGGUGUGAGGAACAACUCUGCUCAAGGAGGGAGGAUUGGUGCCUUGACCCCCCUCCCACCAGCAGAACCAAACCAUCGUACCCCUCCCUCACCCCCGGGGCCGGGGACCAGAGCCCACCACUCUCCCUCUGGGGCGGCCGGGGGGGGGGAGUCAGUCUUUGCCAAACCAACUGGGGCGGGGGGCCCAACCCUCACCCCCCCCCUUUUAUUUAUUCCCCCCCGAUUCGAGGGGAGAGGGAAGGGGACGGCAGGGGGGAAGUGAUGGGACCAGUUCAGACUUGCAGACCAAACGUUGUACUGUUUGUGUGUUGUUUUUGUAAUUAAUUAAUUAAGAUGUAUUAAAGGUUAA